CACCGCCGGACGCGCAGUUGCCCGGGGAUUGAACUUCGAUUCAAUAGCUUAUUUGACUACUUCACUGAUUUCACUUUGCGGCCUCGCUAGCUGCUUCGCAGCCUUGUUUCUGCCAUGCUCUGCCAAGUCACAAGUGCCCUGCGGCGGCCCCUGCCACACCAGCUCAGCUGAGGUCCACCCAGGAGGUUUGCUGCAGCACCAGAAGAGCCAGUGGAGGAGGGCCCGUUCGAGCUGGAAAAGCGGGAGGUUCCGAGGUUUCGAUUCUGGAAGCAGGAUUAUCAGAUGCACGGAUUGGAGGAUGCAAGGAAUUAGGAGGUGCUGCACUUGAGGCCAGCAAUUUUCGUAGGCGGUCUUUGUCUACCUGCUCAUACUCUGCCACUUGCUCAAAGCAGUGCCAAUUGUCGAGGCAAGCCAGUGAUGUGGCUUGAUCCAUGAUCAGAAAGACUUGAAUUAUCUCUCCAAGUAGUUCCUGUGGUUGUAAAAAUGUUCGGCUCACGGGGUUUGGCUGGUCUGAUUAAACAUGCUGUGCGAGGAAUAGAAGCUUCUCGGACAUAUGCCAGCAGCACAGGAAAGCCGGCUGUUUUUGUGGAUAAAAGCACAAGGGUGAUUUGCCAGGGGAUCACCGGCAAGAAUGGAACUUUCCACACGGAGCAGGCAAUUGACUACGGAACGAAGAUGGUGGGUGGCGUCAACCCCAAGAAGGGCGGCACUGAGCACCUCGGCCUGCCCAUCUUCAAGAGUGUCCAAGAAGCCAAGGCGGAGACGCAGUGUGAUGCCAGCGUGAUCUACGUCCCUCCCCCCUUUGCUGCUGCUGCGAUCAUGGAGGCCAUUGAAGCGGAGUUGGAUCUGGUGGUCUGCAUCACGGAGGGCAUCCCGCAGCACGACAUGGUGCGGGUGAAAGCGGCGCUCCUGAAGCAGAACAAGACCCGGUUGAUUGGCCCCAAUUGCCCCGGGAUCAUCAAGCCAGGGGAGUGCAAGAUCGGAAUCAUGCCAGGGUACAUCCACAAACCAGGGCGUGUCGGCAUUGUCUCGAGAUCAGGAACGCUCACCUACGAAGCAGUGUUUCAAACAACUCAGGUCGGGCUAGGCCAGUCUACGUGCGUUGGGAUCGGAGGAGACCCGUUCAAUGGGACCAACUUCGUUGACUGCUUGGAAAAGUUUGUGAAGGACCCCCAGACCGAAGGGAUCAUCUUGAUUGGUGAGAUUGGAGGGCAGGCAGAGGAGGACGCUGCAGAUUUCAUCAAGGAAAGUGGCACCACGAAGCCCAUUGUCUCCUUCAUUGCGGGGCUUACCGCACCUCCAGGGCGCAGGAUGGGACAUGCGGGAGCAAUCAUUGCUGGUGGCAAGGGUACAGCUACUGAUAAGAUUAAGGCUUUGGAGAGCGCUGGAGUCACAGUCAGCAGGUCGCCCGCAAAGCUUGGUACCACCAUGCUGCAAUUGUUCAAAGAUCGUGGGUUGCUCAAUGAGUAGGUGGCUGGAUAGCUUCCAUCGAUACGUUUGUCGGAACGCCUUUAGCACGUAUGUUUGUACAUGUUUUUAGUGCAACGAAUCUUCUAACUCUUGCACGUUCUCGGUAGUCUUGAUAGUCCAAGUUGGAGCGUGAUUCUUCUUAUAAGCAAUCCAAUUAUGUGCCAUAUGAGCUCGAAUCAUUGCCAUCUUAAUUGCAAAGAACCGUAUAUGCCAU